AUGGAUGCUCCGCUGAAGCUUUUCCACCUCCUCCUCCUACUCUCUCUUUCCUCCAUCCUCUCCACUCCAAGCGCAUCCUCCACCUCCGCCGUCGUUGUUACACACACUUCUCCCCUCGCCUCGUCUCCAUCCUCCUCAACCGGCGGCCAUUCGUCGCUGCCGACUCCUCCGCCGUCGCCAGAGGCCAUCGCCUCCGCUUUCCCCGAUCUUCGAUUCGACGUCGUCCGUCUCCAGCAUCCCGACCCCAACCUCAUCGGAGCCUUCGACUUCACCAACACCUCCGUGAUUCUUGCAAUUCCAAACGGCCUUAUCGCUCCGAUGGCUUCCAGUCGCACUCUGGCCGUCGAGUGGCUCCGCGUCCACGUCCUCCCUUUCUAUCCGCGCUCCAAGAUCGCAGUGAUCUCCGUCGGCGAAGACGCGGUCGCCGACUCUCAGAUCUCGUUCCUGCUGCCUGCCAUACGCAACGUCCACGUCGCGCUCAGAGACGACAUCGGAAUCAGGUCGAUCUCCGUCUCCACGACCUUUUCCUUCAUCAACAUCGUGACGGCGGUGCGUCCUCCUUCGGCGGCCACUUUCCAGGAGCAGAUCGGCGGGGCGGUGAUCCGGCCACUGCUGAAGUUCUUGGAAGACACAAAUUCUUCCUUCUUGGUGAAUCUUUACCCGCACAACAUGUACGGAUUGCGCUCUCAGAUCUCUCCCGGAUUUGCUCUGUUUCGUGAAGGCGCUUCCAAUUUCGGCACUGGAGUCCGGAACGGCAAUCCGUUCGAGAUGAUGGUGGAUGCUGUCGUCACUUCCUUGGAGGUCGCCGGCCACGGGAACAUCCCCUUGAUCGUCUUCGUCGCCGAGACCGGCGAGGGAACGCCGCUGAGGAAAGAAGGGGUAGCGCCGGCCUACAUCUACGAGCUGGUUGAAGCCGUUUCUAAGCAGCAGCUGCAGCUGCAGCAGGGGGAGCACAAUUGGGGCAUUCUGUACCCAAGCAUGAGCAAGAAGCAUGAGCCGGACUCUUCGAUCGCCAGUAAGAACACUGUGAUUUCUUUCGGAGUUCUGGUUUGCGUUUUCUUCUUCUCUUUACUACUCCUUCAUCCGCCUCGCACAAUUCUUUCGGCCCGAGCACUGGCGGAAGCCAUACUUGCUGUGGUCCUUUCGGUUCUUGGUUUUCUAUACACGCCGGAGCAGGAACAGGAAGGUCGACGAAACUUGGGCCGUGAGAUACGCCGCAGAGGACCUCGACGAAACAGGGGCCGUCAGGUACACCGCAGACGCAGAGGAGCUAAGCCAUUUUGGAUCUUUGUCGCCCUCAUAGUCAUUGCGCUGUUUGUUGGUAGGUUACUGGCGAUAUUGAUCGAGCUGGAGAGAUUGUUUCUUUUUUCCCGUUCAUCUGUUCUGCUUUCGUCUAGAUAA